AUGAGUGCGAUUCAGUUGAUCAAGAAGCAGUUUACGGUGCAGAAACUCUUCUUCCACUUCCUGUUCUGGGGCGUGCACUGGGGCCUGUUCGCCUUUGGCUGGUACAAGCAAGAGAGUGACCCUCGACUAGCCGGUCUGAAUACACUCCAGUACUCAGUGUGGCUUUCCCGUGGUGCUGGUCUCGUCCUGGCCGUCGAUGGCACACUCAUUCUCCUCCCAGUCUGCCGGACACUGGUCCGCAUUGUUCGGCCAAAACUUCGCUUCCUUCCCCUCGAUGAAAAUCUUUGGUUCCAUCGCCAGAUCGCCUACGCCAUGCUUAUAUUCGCUAUUAUCCACACUGCUAGUCACUACGUAAAUUUCUACAACGUUGAAAAGACCCAGAUUCGUCCGGUCAGCGCCCUUGAGAUUCACUACACCGAGCCUGGUGGAAUUACGGGUCACGUCAUGCUCUUCUGCAUGCUGCUGAUGUACACCACCGCACACCACCGUAUCCGGCAGCAAUCGUUCGAGACCUUUUGGUACACACACCACCUGUUCAUUCCCUUUUUACUGGGUCUGUACACCCAUACCGUGGGUUGCUUCGUGCGCGACACCCCCAACGCCUUCUCCCCCUUUGCUGGCGCCAACUUCUGGAACCACUGCAUCGGUUACGAGGGCUGGCGGUGGGAGCUGUUUGCCGGUGGUCUUUACCUAAUUGAGCGUCUGUACCGUGAGGUCCGCGCCCGCCGUGAGACUCGCAUUACCCGUGUCGUCCGCCAUCCGUAUGAUGCCGUCGAGAUUCAGUUCUCCAAGCCGUCCUUCCGCUACAAGGCCGGCCAGUGGCUCUUCCUGCAGGUGCCGUCCAUCUCCAAGUACCAAUGGCACCCGUUUACGAUCACGUCUUGCCCGUACGACCCUUACGCCUCGGUCCAUGUCCGCCAGGUUGGUGACUUUACCCGCGCUCUGGGCGAUGCUGUUGGUGCCGGUUCCGCACAGGCGAAGCUGUACGAAGGCGUCGACCCUCUCGGCAUGUACGAAGUCGCUCUUCAGAAUGGCCAGCAGAUGCCGGCUCUGCGCAUCGAUGGCCCCUAUGGUGCUCCUGCCGAGGAUGUGUUCGACAACGAAAUCGCCGUGCUGAUCGGUACCGGCAUUGGUGUGACGCCCUGGGCCGCCAUUCUCAAGAACAUCUGGCAUCUGCGCAAUGGCCCGAACCCGCCGACCCGUCUUCGCCGUGUCGAGUUCAUCUGGGUGUGCAAGGACACGACAUCCUUUGAGUGGUUCCAGACCCUGCUGUCGUCGCUGGAACAGCAGUCGACAGACGCUGCACGCAUUCCGGGCAGCAACGGCAUUGAAUUCCUCAAGAUUCACACGUACCUCACGCAGAAACUCGACAUGGACACCACGCAGAACAUUGUGCUCAACUCAGUGGGUGCCACCUACGACCCGUUGACGGAGCUGAAGUCGCGCACCAACUUUGGUCGCCCCAACUUCUUGAAGUUCUUCAGCGCAAUGCGUGACGGCAUUCUGGACCGGACAUACCUGAACGGUCUUGAGGGCAGCAUGAAGACCACCGUCGGUGUGUACUUCUGCGGUCCGUCUGGAGCAGGUGUGUAA